UUGAUCGACAAAUUGUUUUUUUAUCACUAAUUAAUUAAUAAAUUAAAACUUUUAAAUAAUAAUAAUGUAUGCAAUCAUUUGUAACGGUCUAAGAGGUCGUUGUCAUCAUCUGAUGAUGAAUGGUCUGACCAGUUGUUGUCGGCGACUCACAAGUGGCGGUGGUGUCAACCAAGAGGUUGACAAUGGCAUCAAACGGAUCCGUUUAUUCAAACGUGUGUUUGCCAUCGGCUUGUUUGGCAUAACACUGACCACUGCUGUGAUAUUGAAGAGACAACGAUCGAAACAAUGGCAUGAAUUGAUGGCAAAGACAAAGCGAUUGCAAGGUCAAAAGUUUGGUGAUCUAGAGUUGUAUGAAAUGCAAGGCCUGGUCAUCAGCGAACCGACUGUCAAGGAUUGGCUAAACAUCGAGUCGUUUGUCUUUCGCGACGAUGACAUAGUGGUCACUGCUUUUCCCAAAUCGGGUAUUACAUGGCUUCAGGAAAUUGUCUGGCUUUUAGCUAACGAGUUGGACUUCAAAACAGCCAAAUCAUUGACAAUUACCGACCGAUUCCCGUAUUUGGAGUUUCCGUCGCCGGGAAUUAAAUCGAUUGAACGAAUGAAAGUACGCCGAUAUCUGAAGACACAUUUGACGCCAACACUACUGUUCAGUGGUAAACAAUUGAACGAAACAACUGAAGACAAUGAUAAUAAUAAUAAUAUAGUUGUGCCUAAAAUGAUAACUAUUUUCAGAAAUCCUAAAGAUUUGAUUGUUUCAUAUUAUCAUUUCUGUCGUAUGAAUAAAAUGAUUGGUUUUAAAGAAGAUUUCGAUCACUUUUUCGAUCGUUUUAUUAGUGGUUCCCUACCGUACGGACCCGUUUGGAACCAUUAUUUAGAUGUCUUGCAAUGGAAUAAUAGCCAACCGGACGAUCGCAAGAUUCUGGUCAUUCAUUACGAAGAUCUGAAAAAAGAUUUCGCAAAUCAAGUGAACCGAAUCAGCGAAUUCUUGGGCAAACCAAAGCUCAGCGACGAUGAUAUGAAACAAUUAACAAAUCAUUGCAGCUUUGAUCAGAUGAAAUACAAUCCGGCCGUCAAUUAUAAACAUUGGGAUGACUUGGGAUUUAGGGACAGAAACGAAGCUGAGUUUAUGAGAAGAGGACAGAUUGGCGACUGGAAGUACUACUUCAGCAAAGAACAAAACCAUACGAUCGACAAAUUGGUUAAAAAAUAUUUGCAAAAUAAAAUUUAUUUUGUAUUUGAAUGAACAAACAGACAAA